CAUGCUUUCAGUUAUAGCAAUCAAUCAUAAUCACUUCUCUGGAGCCAUUCCAUCUUCUCUCUUCACCAUGCCUUUCUUAUCAUAUCUCGAGCUGAGAGACAACGAUCUCACUGAUUCUGUUGAAGUUUACAACUCCUCAUCUACCCUGUCUAGGCUCGAGUACUUGUCCCUUGGGAAUAACCAUUUUGAAGGAAAAAUCAUAGAGCCUAUCUCAAAACUCAUCAGCGUCAAGAUUCUUGACCUUUCUUUCCUUAACACAAGUUACCCGAUUGAUGUAAGCCUCUUCUCCACGCUGAAAGAUUUGGUGGACCUUGAUCUUUCCGGUAAUAGUAUAUCUCCGGCCAGUUUAGGUUCAAAUUUAGACAUCCCAACAAACCUGGAGAUUUUGUUGUUACGAGGUUGCGGCAUCAAAGAGUUCCCAAAUAUCUUUAAGAUCCUUGAGAAGUUGGAGAAUAUAGACUUGUCCGACAACAUAAUCAAAGGCGAGGUCCCGGAGUGGUUAUGGAAGCUUCCUCGUCUAAACACAGUGUUUCUUUCAAAUAAUUCGUUUAAUGGUUUGGAAGGUCCAGUGGAUGUUUUGGUAAAUUCAUCUGUGAAGAAUUUAUUUAUGGAGCGAAACUAUUUUGAAGGAGCAGUUCCUAUUCUACCACUCUCCAUCAACAACUUUGCUGCGACAAUCAAUAGAUUCACAGGGAGAAUACCUCUUUCAAUAUGCAAUUGUAGGUCGCUUACGCAUUUAUGGCUUCCUUACAACAACCUCACGGGUCCAAUCCCUCAAUGCUUGAGUAACUUGACGGUUUUGAAUCUCCGGAAGAACAACUUGGAAGGAAGUAUCCUUGAGGCAUUUUAUGUCGGUGCUUCUCUACAAACACUUGAUGUUGGACACAAUCGACUAACCGGGAAACUUCCAAGAUCUCUUCAGAAUUGUUCAUCUCUCGAGUUUCUAGCUGUUGACCACAACAUAAUCAAAGACAAGUUUCCUUUUUGGCUCAAGGCUUUACCAAAUUUGCAAGUCCUUAUCCUCAGUUCAAACAAAUUCUAUGGAUCUAUAUCUCCUCCUGGUCAAGGUCCUCUCGGGUUUCCAGAGCUGCGUAUAUUUGAGAUAGCUGAUAAUAAGUUUACUGGAAGCUUGCAACCGAGAUAAUUUGUCAAUUGGAAAGCAUCGUCCCUUAUGAUGAAUGAAGAUGGUGGUCUAUAUAUCGCACGGGAACUCAUUUUAUAAAAAAUAUAUUAUAAUCUAUAAUAUAUAAUUUUAUAUGCCUGAUAAAAAAAUUAAACCAUAUAAAUAAUUAAAUUUAAUUUUGAUGAUUAAAAUAUGAUUUACAAAGUAUUCAAAUAUAUAUAUAUAAAAAAUAUAUAUAUAUAUUUUAUAAACCUUAAUAUUCCCUUUAAUUUUUUAUCAAAACACAUAUUGCAUACAAUUGUGUCUUCAUUCUUUUUAAAUUUUUUCAUACAUUUUUCACAUGAUAGUUAUCUUCAACCACUUUUUGAACAAAAUGCAAUUUUUUUUUUUGCAUGAUAUAUAAUUUUUUUCCUAUUUAAGACAUAAUAUUAAAAUUAUUAGUUUAUAAUUUUAAACAAUUAUAAUUUGUAUGUUGGUAAUUGUUAUUUUGUAUAUUUAUCUACCUGCUUUAUUUAUUGAAAAUGAAUAUUCAGAAAAUUGAAUAUUGUAAUAAAUAUAUGUUGAUUUACGUUAAUAUGACAUGUCUCAUUUAAAAUAUUUUUUUUUUAAUUUUUGGGAGAGUUCUCAUAAAAUACCAACACUUAUUAUAUAAACUAACACAUUACUUAAAUAAAACCUAUAUUUUUUAAAGCAAUCCCACUUUGAGGUGAAAAGACACUUUGUUUAGAUGAAAAAUUGCAACUUUGACAUUAUUUUUUUCACCAUUUUAUUAUUAGUAGAUUAGUGAAAAUUUGAUUUGAAAAAUGUAUGGGAGAGACUAUUUAUAGAUUUUUUAAAGUCUAUUUGAAUAGUCACAACCCUUCAAUAUGAAUAGUUGCAUUCUUUUAACACUCACAACUUCUCAUUUUUUAAAAGAUACUAGUGAAUAGUCACAACUUUUAGACUAUUUUUAGAAGGACACAACCUUACAACAUAUAACUUUUAGAAAAGACACAACUCUCUACACAUAUUUUUCAAAAGACACAACCUUUCAACAUAAUUGAAGUUCACAACCUUAGGAAUUAAUUGGAAAAGACACAACCU